AUGGGAACGCACAUCAUCGUCCUUACUUGGAUCACUCCUGCUUUUGCUGGCAAUACUAAGGCAGGUGUAGGCCUUAGUAUUUUCAUUACUGUUACUCACGCCGUCCACAUUGCCGCAUUUAACAUCUAUCCCAAACCCGACGCGCCAUAUUAUCUGAGGGGUAACGCAAUAUCAAGUUCAUUCGUUUUCCUGACAGGUUUGAGUGCUUUCAGCAUGAGUGCGAUGCUUUACAGGGAGAACCGCCGACGCGAUAGACGUUUCGCUAGACCUGAAGAAGGCGUACCCAUCGACAUGGGAGGUGAUCCUGACAAAGCCUAG